ACAUAAGUCACUUCCUCUUGGCGACUCUCAUAUUUCAGACUCUACCAAACGCAGCACAAAGCAAGGCUUCCCAGAAAACGAUCGAAAAUGGCCGACGAAGCCAACAGAGCUGCGUUCAUGGAGAUUCAAGGUCGCAUGAUCGAGCUCACCGCCAAACUCAAGCAGGUGCAGAACCAGAUGCGAAACAAAGAAGGAGAAAAGAAACGUGCUUUUCUAACCCUAGAGGAGAUUCGACCUUUGCCUGAAGACGCUAAUACUUACAAAUCUAUUGGAAGAACAUUUGUUUUAGAGCCCAAGUCGGUGUUGGUAGAUGAACAGGAACAGAAGCUCAAGGACAGUGAGACUGCAAUUGCCUCACUACAGACCUCAAAGGAAUACAUUGAGAAACAGAUUGGAGAGGUAGAGGCCAACUUGAGGGAGCUAUUGAACCAGGAUCCAGGUAUUGCGCGUCAGAUAAUGUCCAUGACCGUAAUGUAAACAUUCAAAGUGAUGCAACUGUUCAAAUUCUUCAGUCUUCUGCCGUGAAUUCGUUUUGUUUCAUUUGUACAAGACAUGAAAUUUGUAGAAUUAAAUGGUUUUCUAUCUGCUGCUACCUUCUUGACCACUGGGUAUAUUCUUAGCAAGUGAAUGAAGCUUUUUUGCUUAAAAAUA